AUGAUUGUCAACUUGGACAAUGAAACAGAUCAACCUGACUGUCAGGAACUUCCUACCGUUGACAAUACAAAUACUGACGAAGAUAUAAUCAAUGAAACAGAACAAACUGACUACCACGAACUUCCUUUUGUUAUUGACAAAACCAAUACUAAUGAAGACGAACUUGACAAAGAUGAUGAAACCCGGCACUCUAAUAAUCAACACCCGGUUGUUACAAUUCCUAUAUCAGACCAACCAUUGAACUUUGGCCAAAAUCAGAUCAGCUUCAGAGACACAAGCAAGGUGUACAAAGCUUUGUUUCCAUAG